AUGUUCGCGCCUUGCGAUCAUCACGACUCUGUAAGCAAACCAGCUAAUGCGCAGUCGUUGGCGCCUAGUCGAGCAACUCAACCACAACGAAAUCAGCGCUAUUAUCGUAACCAAUACCAACGCGACUUAAAUCGGAUGCAGGCAGUGGUCCGACAAUCGCAAGGUCAUUAUGAGGCGCGGAUGCCAGUUCCCGUGCUAUCACCCCCAUCCAAACCUACAGGUUCAAUCGUGCCCCUACCUGCUGAAGCACUUUCACAAUACUCACCUGAGGGAGCUCCUCGAGACUUGGUGGGGAUUCGCGCACCGUCUUGUUUCGUAGGCUCUAGGCCGCUAUACCCAGAUCCUCCUGUUGCUUCGCACCAAGAUGACUGUCAAAACAGAACGUCGCCAGAGCCAUCAUCUCGACAACGCCUACAAUCUCUUACUUCUCAGCCUACGAGUACACCCCAUCGGCGUAGCUAUAUCAGCCAUCCACCACCCGUUGAUCUUUCACACUCUCACCAGGAUAAAGAUUUGCCUAGCCCACCACCCAUACCCGAAGUGGAACCUCCAAGCCAAGUCUCCUGGGGGUGUGCCAACAGACCCCAGUAUUGUCAAGCCAGAACAUCUUGA